CCUCCCCGUUUGGUCCACGUGUUUCGUCACGAAAACCUCGGUCUCUGUCGGAAGUUGCUCACUCCGCAUUGUUGUCCUCUGGUCGCUGAGCAUCGGGGUCGCCUGUGAUUCUUUUUCAACACUUUAACAGGUUUUCGCGCCACGUUUCAGUCAUAAGUGUAAGUCAUGCCGUCCGUCCCCUCGACCAAAGAGGCCGCCGUGAAGGGCCCCGUGUGCCCGCACGCCGCCAAGCUGCUGGGCCACGCCAACGGAGAAGGCAAGAUCCGCGAGGGUUCCUUCCCGGCCAACGGGGUCGACAAGCUGCCGCCGGCGGACGCUGAAGAGCCGAACAGAACCCUCCAGAUCAACACCAAGAACGCCGUCGUCGAGAGGAAAUGGAUCCGGCCCGACCUUCCCAGCCGCUGCACAUGGAGCCUGGGGGCCUCCAAGGCCGACUCACCUCACACACAAGUCCCCAGAACUCCUGCUCCAACCAUUCUCCCAAACAUCCUGCACCGGAUCGGAGACACUCCCAUGGUCCGCAUCAACAAGAUCCCCAAAGCUUUUGGACUCAAAUGUGAAUUAUUGGCCAAGUGUGAGUACUUCAACGCUGGCGGGAGCGUGAAGGACCGGAUCAGCCUGCGGAUGGUGGAGGACGCGGAGCGAGCCGGGCUCCUCAAGCCUGGAGACACCAUCAUAGAGCCCACCUCUGGAAACACUGGUAUUGGAUUGGCUCUGGCUGCAGCUGUGAAAGGCUACCGCUGCAUCAUCGUCAUGCCGGAGAAGAUGAGCAUGGAGAAGGUGGACGUCUUGAGAGCUCUUGGAGCUGAGAUCGUCCGUACGCCCACCAGCGCCCGCUUCGAUUCGCCAGAGUCUCACGUGGGCGUCGCCUGGCGCCUUAAAAACGAGAUCCCCAACUCUCACAUCCUGGACCAGUACCGCAACCCCAGCAACCCUCUGGCUCACUACGACACCACGGCCGAGGAGAUCCUGGAGCAGUGCGACGGUAAAGUGGACAUGCUGGUGGCCGGAGCAGGCACCGGGGGCACCAUUACUGGCAUCGCCCGCAAACUGAAGGAAAGAUGCCCCAACAUCAAAAUUGUGGGUGUUGACCCAGAAGGAUCCAUCCUGGCUGAGCCCGAGGAGCUCAACAAGACCGAUAAGACCCAGUACGAGGUGGAGGGCAUCGGGUACGACUUCAUCCCCACCGUGCUCGACAGAUCCGUGAUUGACACCUGGUACAAGUCAGACGAUGAGGAGUCCUUCAACAUGUCUCGCAUGCUGAUGAGAGAGGAGGGCCUGCUGUGCGGUGGCAGCUCUGGGACAGCCAUGGCAGCGGCAGUAAAAAUGGCCAAAGAUCUGAAGGAGGGUCAGCGCUGCGUGGUCAUCCUGCCAGACUCCAUCCGCAACUACAUGUCCAAGUUCCUGAGUGACAAGUGGAUGGUGCAGAAGGGCUUCCUGAGUGAGGAGGACCUCAUGGUGAAAAAACCAUGGUGGUGGAACCUGAGGUUGCAGGGUCUGAACCUGUCCGCCCCCCUCACCGUCCUGCCAACCGUCACCUGUCAGAGGACGAUCAAGAUCCUGAAGGAGAAGGGCUUCGACCAGGCGCCCGUGGUGGACGAGGCUGGGUUAAUCCUGGGCAUGGUGACUUUGGGGAACAUGUUGGCCUGUAUUCUGGCGGGAAAGAUCAAGCUGUCAGACCCGGUCAGCAAAGUCCUCUACAAGCAGUUCAAACAGAUCCGUCUGAAUGACAACUUGGGAAAGUUAUCCCGUAUCCUGGAGACUGACCACUUUGCCCUGGUGGUGCACGAACAGAUCCAAUACUUGACAGACGGCUCUCCCAGUCUGAAGCAGAUGGUUUUCGGGGUGGUGACGGCCGUCGACCUGCUUAACUUUGUGACGGGCCGAGAACGGAGAGAGCGCUCCAUGUCGGAGUCCACCGACGAGCUCUGCUAAACAUAAAGCCUGAACAUUUCCAACCAGAACUUGACAAACACGUCAAAAGAUAAUUUUGUGACGUUUUGAUUGAGGUUAGCUCUUUGCUGAUUCAUUUUUGUAUUUUUAAACUUGAGUCUUAAGGUUUAUUAGCCAAAUAUGUCGCGCCAGUAUAUGAUCGGGUUACUUAUUAUUUUAAGAAGUUGAUUAUUAUUAGAUUUGCUUUUACUGCUCAAAGCAAAUCUUCAGUUUUUAUCUUGUAGCUUUUUGUUUUGUAUUAGAUUCCUUUGUGUUGCUGUUUUAUUUGUCUGGAGAUUGUUUCACCUUUGCCUUGUGUAUUAAUUAAACAUCAGAUAUAAGACAGAAUAGUAUAAAAGCCACAUUCAUCUCAUAUAUCAAGAGUAGACGAGUAGAUAGCUGCUGUAUAUAAGCAUAUUAUCUUUCCAGUGCUGCUUAUUAUGUGCUGCUUUUUCAGUUGUGUAUGUACACAAAAAAAGAAUUACAUACAAUCUAAUUUCUUGAAGUAAAUCGUGGUGCUCUUUCCUUUCUGCAGCACAACGCCUGUGGUGUAACUGUAAACUGUAAAGUCAAAACUAUUUAAUCUUCUCUGUGUGUGAGAGAAACUUUUUGUAUUGCAUCAUUUUUCCUUAAUGAAUGUGUAUGAUUAAAUAAAGUUUAAAAGUCG